AUGAGAACAUCGAUAAAACUACGCUCCCAGCCCCCUUUGUGGGCCACCACCCACCUGGGGGGGGGGGAAAAGAGGGGGGGGGACACACAACCGGGGGGGGGGGGGGGGAAGGGUUGGGGGGGGCCACAGGGGGGGGGGGGGGGGGGGGGGGGGGGUGGGGGGGGGGGUACACCCCCAAAAUGUUGUGUGGGCAAGGGGGGGGGGCAUAGGGUCUACAGCCUCCACACAAGUAUCUAG